AUGUCACCGCAUCACAUCUUUCCUGUGCAGACACCAGACUAUCUACUUUCCUUCCAAUUUUCAUCAUGGUAUCCAUUAUUUUCCUCCAUCAGCAUCAAAAGCACUGUCAUCCGUCCCUUGGAUCAACCAUUCAAGGAAUACCUCAACUCGGAUGGCAUUUUCGUACCAGAAGGCUCGGAAAACCCUCCCGCAGAAAGCUCUCUUUCGGAUCAAGAAGAAGACGAGGAGGAGGAGGAGGAGGAGGAGGAGGAGGAGGAGGAGGAUGAGGAUGAGGAUGAGGAUGAGGAUGACACCGCAGUCGGACGAUCCUUCUCGUUCCCCAAUCUAGAUGAGCGGAUAAGACAAGUUAUCAAAGAAUACGGCGCGAUCUUCCCCAAGCUCAAUUUUUCUUCACCAAAAGACGCAUCAUGGGUGCUACCACCAUCCUCGCCUCUCAAAUGCACAUCUCCAUCGGACGUCUACAUUCUAUUAAAAUCCUCGGACUUUGUAUCGCACGAUCUGAGUAUAGAUACGGUAUUUGAGGGAUGUCAAUACGAUCCCUCGAAUCCACCAUCGUAUCAACUUGAGCUUGUCUUGCGGAAAUGGUAUCCUAUAGAUAGGAGCCGCGAGUUCAGGUGUUUCGUCCGUGAAGGCUGUUUCAUAGUCACGACUACGCUCGUGCAGGGAUAUCACAAGCGCGAUACAAAUUUCUACGACUUCAUGAACGAGUCCCAAACACAAAACAAGAUCGCAGAGACGCUUCAGCGUUUCUGGAAGGAAAAGAUCAAGUCUAAAUGGCAUGGGCAGCAAGAUUACAUCUUUGAUGUAUUGAUGACGCGUGAUCUGUCUCGGGGGCAUGUCCUAGACUUCAACCCAUACGCACCCCGGACGGAUCCCCUCCUAUUCACGUACGAAGAACUCUCGUCAGUCUUCACGCAUGGGUUGAGCGCACCCGAACUCCGUAUCAUCGACUCACCUUUACAUCCGGUCGCAUCGCGUAACGCACCAGCUCACCAACACAACAUGUUGCCAGUCGAAGCUCUCGCGCUGAGUAACGGUCGGGAUAUCAACGACUUCUCAGAUUUGUGGAAGAAAGAGAUUCAGCAGUCCAUGAAUGAUGACGAUUAA